AUGGCCGCCCCGAACCCCACCAAGCCGAUCAAGAUCCUGAUGCUGCACGGCUACACGCAGACGGGCCCCCUCUUCCGCAGCAAGACACGCGCACUCGAGAAGAACCUCGCCAAAGCCUUCCCCGCCGGCGUGACCCUCACCUACCCCACCGCUCCCAUCCGCCUGUCGCGCGCCCAGAUCCCCUCCUGGGACACCGACGGCGUCAAGAAGGAAGACACGGCCGAGGACGAGGAGGAGCCCGAGGCCUACGGCUGGUGGACGCGCAAGGACAAGGUCGAGAGCGACAAGGUGCCCAUCGAGGGCAAGGGCUUCGUCUACGAGGGCAUGGAAAUUGGACUGGCCAAGGUAGCGCAGGUCCUCAAGGAGGAAGGCCCGUUCGACGGCGUCAUCGGUUUCUCGCAGGGCGCCGCCGCCGCCGGCAUGGUGGCGAGCUUGCUGGAGCCCGGCAGGAAAGAGGCCUUCGACAAGGCCGCCGAGAAGGGCGGUAUUCCGUUUCCACAGAGCUACGAAGGCGACGUGCACCCGCCGCUGAAGUUCGCCGUGUCGUACUCCGGCUUCGCUCCUGCGCAGAACCCUCUCUAUGAUGCCUUCUACAACCCCAAGAUCAAGACCCCGAUGCUGCAUUUCCUGGGCAGCGUUGACACCGUCGUGGAGGAGGCUAGAAGCUUGAGGCUGGCCCACGCUUGCGAGCAGUAUGACGGAAGGGUUGUAUACCACCCUGGUGGCCACUUUUUGCCCAGUAGCCAGAAGCAAUUCGUCAGUGUUCUGGUUGGUUUCAUAAGACAGAUUAUCGCCGAGUCGGAAAAUGCUGGAAAGAAAGAGGAGAGCGUAGAGGAUAUGGAUGUGCCUUUUUGA